AGCAGCGGGGUCAGCGGGCUCUUAACUUUGGACUACUGAACACAUCUGGACCGCGCUGCAAUGUUGCUGCAGGGAUCAUACAGUGCUGUCUGUGCUGCACUUUUGUUUCAUUUUUAUUUUCUGGAGUCACCUCUGGUGCUCACCUUCAACCUGGACACCAGUCAUGUCAUCAGGAAAAGCGGAGAGCCGGGGAGUCUGUUCGGGUUUUCUCUCGCCAUGCACCGGCAAGUCAACCCGGAUAAAAUAAUGCUGCUGAUCGGUGCCCCGAGAGCCAGAGCUUUAGGAAAACAGAAAGCCAACAUCACAGGAGGGCUUUAUAAAUGUGAAAUCUCUCAGUCCAGUGAUUGUGAGCGCAUUGAAUUCGAUAACGAAGAGGAUGUGCGUAUUGAGAACAAGGAGAAUCAGUGGAUGGGGGUGACGGUUCAGAGCCAGGGACCUGGGGGAAAGAUUGUGACAUGUGCUCAUCGCUAUCAGAGGCGCUUGUUUGUGAACACCCCUCAGGAGUCCCGUGACAUCACUGGGCGCUGCUAUGUGCUGAGUCAGGACCUGACUAUUGACUCGUCCUCUGAUGAGGACGGAGGUAGCUGGAACUUCUGUGAGGGCAGAGCCAGAAGCCAUGAGAUGUUUGGAUCUUGUCAGCAGGGUUUGGCUGCCACCUUCACCAAGGACUACCAUUACGUGGUGUUUGGAGCACCAGGAGCUUACAACUGGAAAGGCAUUGUGCGAGUGGAGCAAAAGAACAACACUUUGCUGGAGAUGGGAGUGUAUGAUGACGGCCCAUAUGAAGUUGGAGAUGAGCAUCUCUUGAACCCUGAGCUGGUGCCUGUUCCUGCCAACAGCUACCUCGGGUUCUCCCUUGAUUCGGGACACAGCAUUACCAGGGGUCGUGGCCUCACGGUGGUGGCUGGAGCACCCAGAGCCAAUCACAGUGGAGCAGUGGUCCUGUUGAGGAAAGAGAGGGAGGCCUCUACCAGACUCUCUGUGGAGCACACUCUGCAUGGACCAGGACUGGCAUCCUCCUUUGGAUACGAUGUGGCUGUAGUUGACCUUAAUGGUGAUGGAUGGCAGGACAUAGUUGUAGGAGCCCCUCAGUUCUACAUGAAGGACAGAGAUGUAGGAGGGGCUGUUUAUGUCUAUAUCAACAAGGCAGGAAGGUGGGAAAAGAUCACUCCUAUCCGUCUGAAUGGGACCAAAGACUCGAUGUUUGGACUGGCAGUGGAGAACAUUGGAGACAUCAAUCAAGACUCUUAUAAAGACAUUGCCAUCGGAUCUCCUCAUGAUGACAGCGGGGCAGGAAAAGUCUACAUUUAUCAUGGCUCUGUACAAGGGAUCAACACCAGUCCUGCACAGAUCCUUUCAGGAAAAGACCACAACCUCCGAUUUUUUGGUUAUUCUCUGGCAGGAAACAUGGACCUGGACAGUAAUUCUUAUCCAGACCUGGCUGUAGGCUCUCUGUCGGACACAGCUCUAAUUUACAGGGCACGGCCAGUCAUUAGCAUCAGGAGAAAUGUCAAAAUAUCUCCACAGGAAAUCGACCUUACAAUCAAAACCUGCGGUAACAGCAUUUGCUUCACCGUCGACGCAUGCUUCACCUACACGGCAAAUCAUGCAUCCUACAGCCCUAAACUAACUAUCAGCUACUCUGUCGAGGCAGAUGGAGAUCGAAGGAAACAGGGGCUGCCCUCCAGAGUGACGUUUGAGAACAAAUCCCGCACUGACACAGACUACCAAUUUAACAGCACCAUAGACCUUCGUGGCCAAAAGCAGGCAACAUGCAUCAAGAUAAAAGCCAAACUUAAGGACAACAUUAAGGACAAGAUGCGAAGCAUUCCCAUUGAGGUGUCUGCAGAAAUUCUGGGUACAAAGCGACAGAAGACAAGGAAUGGCCUCCCUCAGCUUAUGCCUAUAUUAGACUCCUCUCAAAAAAGCAAAGAAGUCAUUGAGGUCAACUUUGUAAAAGAGGGGUGUGGAAGUGAUCAUAUUUGUCGUAGUAACCUGAAGAUGGAAUACAAACUAUACUACAAACAAAACAAAAUGCACUCCCCACUGCCCAUCAAGAACAAUAUUCCUGUGUUUCAUCUGAACUAUGAGAGGAAGGACUUGGCUCUGCAGGUGACAGUGAAAAACAUGAAUGGAGAUGAUGCUUAUGAGGCAAAGCUGGUGGGGACUUUCCCGGAUGCACUGUCAUAUUCUGGGGUCCGCCCACAUCAGUCAAUGGUGGAAAAGGUGGUCAUCUGUAAUGCCAAUCAGAAUGGCUCUCAAGCAGACUGUGAGCUGGGAAAUCCUUUUAAGAGAGACUCAGAGACUACAUUUUAUAUCAUCCUGAGCACCGUGGGUAUGUCUCUUGACACGACAGAGAUUGACAUUGACCUGCAGCUCCAAACGACCAGUGUGCAAGAAAACAUUGCCUCUGUGAAAGUAAAGGCUCAAGUGAUCAUUGAAUUGCCAUUGUCAGUCAGUGGGGAGGCCAGCCCGAAUCAGGUUUCCUUUGGAGGUGUUGUGAAAGGAGAAAGUGCCAUGAAGACAGAAGAAGAGAUUGGAAGCUUGAUUAACUAUACAUUUAGAAUAAACAACUUGUGGAAGUCUUUGAAGUCUCCCGUUAAGGCCUCACUACACAUUCAGUGGCCCAAAUUCAACAAAGAUGGGAAAUGGCUUUUGUACCUGGUGAAGGUCACUGCUACAGGACGGGAGGAUAUCCAUUGCUCUCCUGAGUCUGAGAUCAACUUUCUCAAACACAUCCAGAAGUCCACGCUGUCCCGUACAAAACGGGAAAUUGAGAGAAAACAAAGAAAAACUGGGAGAAAAAAGUCUUCUCUGUCAGACAAAAAUAAAGUUUUGACGUGUGAGAAUGGGAUCAAAUGUGUGGUGCUCAAGUGCCCCCUGCAGGGCCUGGACGAUACAACAAUUGAGCUGAGGUCUCGUCUGUGGAACUCAACCUUUAUUGAGGAUUAUGCCUCUGUUUCGACUUUGCAUAUAGUUGUGAAGGCCUCGCUCAUGCUUCAUGCUCAGGCUGAAAACAUGAUCCUGACAACUCCUGACACUGAUGUGACAGUGGCAGUGUCCCCAGAAAGGGAAGUAGCACAGUAUGGAGGAGUUCCCUGGUGGAUCAUACUGGUAGCUGUUCUUGCAGGCAUCCUGAUUCUGGCUUUGUUGGUGUUUCUGCUCUGGAAGUGUGGUUUCUUCAAGAGAGCAACCAAAGACCAAUAUGAUGCUGCAUAUCACAAGGCAGAGAUCCAUGUUCAACCCUCUGACAAAGACAAACUCUCUGCUGAGGCCUGAUUUAUACUCUGAACAGGGUGUGGAUUCUUCAAACGCUCCAAACAAGAUAGCAGCGUCCCUCGUUACCACGCAGUGCGGAUAAGAAAGGAAACUCCUGAGUAUAAGGAUGGAAAAGUCAACCUUGAUCCUUUUGAAAAAAAGCAGUGGAUGACAACUUGGAUCGACAACGAAAGCUACUCAUGACUCAUUUCUCUGUUCAAAUGAUUUUUGCAUCUGGGGAUAACCAUUUUAUUCUUAAAGUGUUGAGGCACAAAUACACUGAACUUUGUUUGUUGUUCCUUUGGUGAACAUGAUGCUCAGUGAUUUAACUGGGAACUAGUUGAGUUCACAUCUUUGAAUGUUUACACUGUAUAAAUGAUGACCAUUUUUGUAUAUAUUUAAAUACUUAAUGCACACUGUAUAUUUAUUUUUUGAAGAAAAAAAAUUUUUCAUGCCACCAAAGAUCUUUUUGUAGUCUUAUGUCUGCCCCGGAGUAGAACAACGAAGGGCAAAGUUUACUACUGUUUUUAUGAAGUUGUACUGUCUUAAAGUCUAUGCAAGGAAGGUACAGCUAGCUCAGUGUAAUAUGAAUGUACAUCACAAUAUUUUUAACAUUUUUAAUUUCUCUUAUGCAUCUAGUUUCAGUACUUUCCAAAUUAAAUACUUCUGUCCACCUUAGAACGACAUUAUGGUACAUUAUCAUGUCACUAUAAUUAAUAGUGUACGAAUGACCACGACUGACUCUAAAUGCAUGUGCAGGUUGUUUUUCACAUCACAUCUUCUCACUAUUGUGACGUUCAGGUAGCAUCCACUGUAUUGUAGGUCAUCACUGACGUGUUUUUGUUCCAUGUGAGGAAUCCAAAGGGAAGAUGGUAACUGAAAAGUAUGUUUUUAUAGAUUUAAUUCAA